CGGAGGGCGCGGGGCAGCCCUCCCCGAGCCAGGCUGGGGCUCGUCCACGUGUCGGGGAGAUUUAAAAAGUUGGGGCAGGGAGCAAGGACAUGCCCAGAAGAGCUGCUGGCAGAGCGGCGGCGCCGGGCACUCCGCGGGCAUGGGACACCUCUGCCACCAUCAGCCCGCCGCGGCCACCCCCCAGCGCAGCCUGAGGAAGGCAGGGGACGGCGCGGCUCUGCCCGGAUCCCCGCUUCUCCUCCUCUUCCUCCUCCUCGCCUCCUCGAUGUCUUAUUGCAAAGGUGCACCGAUGCCAUCUCAAGCAUUUGAGUCAGAUGAGGAUUUGCAGCUUUGGAAAGAGAUAGAUGAUGCAUGUUCUGCCUACCUGUCCACAAAUUCUGAGCCUCAGGUGUCCAGCACACUGGAAGAACUUUGUUUUUUGGUCAUGGGAUUUCUCCCAAAACCACAGGGUUUAGAUGAAAAAGACAACACCAAAAGGUUCUUAUUUCAUUAUUCUAAGACUCAUGACUCGGGCAACUCAGACAUCGUGUCGUCUGUCCUGCAUCCUUUACUGCAACUCGUUCCUCAGCUUAAUGAGAGAAGACUGAAGAGAUACAAAGUGGACGAGGAACUUCAAGGACCUGGAGGGAUUCAAAGCAGAGGCUACUUCUUCUACAGGCCACGUAAUGGAAGGAGAUCAGUGGAUUUUCGCUAAGGAGGAUUUUAGAUUCCUCACCUAGAGCUAAUACUGCAGGAAUGCUGAGUACAUGGACAUACUCUUUUCCUUACAAAAAUUAUUCGUUACUAAUGUACAAUUAAAAAUCAAAUGAAUGUAAAUGUUCUUAAACUAGAUUCUGUUUAGGAUUCAAAAGUUUCUUUACUUUCUUGAUUAUAUUAAAAGCAUAUUAAAAUUAUUUGUUUCCUAGUGUUAUGAUGUUUACAACCACAUGUAAUUCAGCUGUAAAAAGUCAGUGUGUGCAUGCAACAGACAUUUCC